CAGAGACACAUGAAGACAGCACUCUGAUGAAGGAUCAGCGCUUCAUGGACUCGGCCUCCGUCACCCCCCGCCCCCCCCACCCCGGCAGCACCCCUCGACGCCUCGCCUCCCCCCCCUCAGAGCCGGGGGCCAAGCAUCCCCUACGACAGGUGGAAGCCAGCUCCACCACGGGGCCCGAGGUGGGGGGGGUCUCUGAGGGUCCCGGCAGGAAUCCGUCCUGCUGGAGCAUCGAGGAGGUGAUGCAGUUUGUGAGGGAGGCCGACCCGGCAGCGUUAGCCCCCCACGCCGAGCUCUUCAGGAAACAUGAGAUCGACGGCCGGGCCCUGCUGCUGCUGCGCAGCGACAUGAUCAUGAAGUACAUGGGUCUGAAGCUGGGCCCCGCGCUGAAGCUGUGUCACCACAUCGAGAGGCUGAAGCAGGGCCGGCUGUGAGGGGGGCCACAACCAGCAAUAACCCAGGGGGGCCACAGAACCACCAGGGGGGCAUCCAGGGUCUCAGGGCCACCAGGGGGGCCACUGGGCAUCGGGGGCCCCAUGUUACUGCAGACUCUGAGGGCCACACCUCCAGAGGGGAGACACCUCACCCUCAGGAUAACGUGCAUCCCAAAGGCCUGCAGUGUUUACAGUGAUCCUCGUGCACGUGGCCCUCGUGCACGCUCCCAGGCUAACGACUGACUGAUCCGCAAACGGAGAAUGUUUCUUCUUCUUCUCCUGUUUUUACUCCCGUUGACUCCCACUGACUCCCAGGAGCCUCAAAUCUUUAUUGUUAUGAUCACAUGACGGAGACUGGUCACAUGUCAACCUGCAGGACGGGGGGGUCUAUCACCUGGACUUCAUUCCGUUUCCUCCUCCAGAGAGGCUUUUAUUAUGUUAGCUGCCAGCUUCCUGUGAGCUUCCUGCAGAUCACCUGAAGACCUCCAGAACUCCUCUUCAUCUUCAUCAUCAGGGAUGGGAAUCACUGAGACUUCUUAUUUAUGACCCGGGUCUUAUGGGUUCCUGAUCUGGAGAUCGUGAGUCCUCCACAGGUCCUCCACAGGUCCUCCACAGGUCCUCCACAGGUCCUCCACAGGUCCUCCACAGGUCCUCCACAGGUCCUUUCAGAACAAAAGACCUCGGACCAGAUGCAGUCAAAUAAAGCUGAGAAACAUUUAAUAGUCAAUGUUCCAACAUGACUAACCCUAUAAUCUGAAACUCUGAUCAAAACAAAAGAGAUUUAAAAGUAUAUUUUUGAAUCCUUGUUUUAAUGAAAUCAUUCUCUUUUAUGUAAAACAGAAACUUGUGUUUUGUAAAAACUGAAAAUAUUAUUUUCUUUCGAUCAAACUGAACUUUAUUCUGUGUUUUAAAAUAGAUUUCAAUUCACAAAGGGUUUGUGUUCACCGUUAAUGAGAAGAGUUACGGUACGUCCACACGGUUCCGUUAGGGUAACGGAGACGCUUCCCAUUCACUUUGAAUGGGGUGACGUCACGCUUUGCCUCUGUUGCUCGUUUCAAAAGUUGAGAAAAGUUCAACUUUUCAAGCGUCGACAGAAACGCCAGCCAAUCAAAUGAUAUGCCAGUACAAUCGCUAGCCAAUCAAACCGCGUGCCUGUGUGUCCGGGGCGGGAGAUGAAUGUGAUUGGUUGUUGGUCGCACGUCAGACACGCCCACCGGCAAGCUUCAAUGCGACGGAACAGUGUGGACGUAUAGACCCUAACCCAAUGUGAACUAUUUGUAUGAUCAAGGUUUCUGUAACAGCUGCAGAUCAGGAGAGGAACAUCUGACCCUCAGGUCCAUUACCUGUAGCUCUCCUGUGGUUUAAGUGACAGUUCUGUCCGCUAUUUAAAAAAACUCUAGACUAUUGUAAUAAAUGAAAAUAAGGACAGGGUCAUGUUUAGCUUCUCUAAGGUCGUGUUGGACGUCCUGCAGAUAUCCCUGAUCUUUGUUCUGAAGUCAUGUUUCAUUUCUGAUCGUCAUCCCGUUAAUCCCUGUUAGCAUGAGAACAGAAGUGUACAGUUUUAUGGGUUUAACCAUGAGUAUCAGCGACAGAAUGUACAUUUUGUAGAAAUAUUUUAAGGAAAUCACACACAGUUAGAAAUGUGAAGAUAAGGCUUCUCUUUGAUAAUCACUCGUAGUCACAGGUCUGCUUCCUGCAGCGUCUCUCAGGUCCUGCUCUUUGUAGCUGUUUCUAAUAUAUAAUAAUUGACAGUCUUUGCUGUUACUCCUUCCUGCUUUCACAGUGCCAUAAGAUCCCCAGAGGGAGCCCUUCAUCUCCUCGUCUUCUUCAGACUACUUGAACAUAUCUGUCCACCAGAUAAACAGUGUGUUUCUGACGUUGUGUAUUUACUUUUUAUAAACCUGAUAAAAACACCAA